AUGGCACCACCAGAACUCACUCAUGACCUUGCUUUGGAGAUCCAGGAGAGCCAUUGCACGGUGCAUCAGGGGUCCCCUGCAGCCAUGACGACCAGCAGCGAACGGAUCAACAACAUGUUCGCCAACAGUUCCACAUGGAGUUCCAAAGAGGCGGAACUCAAAGGUCGAGCUGCAAUUCAUGCCAGUCAGGUGAAUCGGUACAGUGCUGCCAAUGCGAGAGCUUUCGCUGGUAGCACAGUGAGUCAGGAGGACCUCGAGAAGGAACGAGAGGCAUCGCAGAAACGAAAAGCCGCGGAGCAGAACGAACUUGCUCAGUUGCUCGAGGAGCAGAAAGCCGAUGUGUCGAAGGGGCAGAAGUUGGCGUUCGCGGCCAAGGUGGAGAAGAAAGUCGAGAAGAAGAUGCCAGUCUUGUCCGUGAAGAAGCCACGCACGGACACUGAGAAAGCCGAGGCAAACUCGAAGGAAAACAAUGAAGAGAAGGGUGAAAAGGAAGAAAAGGAAGAAAAGGGAGAUGGAACUUCCAAAAAUGUGAACAAAACUGAAGCUGGUGAAGCGAGUGGAGGGUUGGGCAUUGGCUUAGCCUAUUCCGACUCAGAGAAAGCCCGGAGAAAACCAGAUCUACGAAGAUUCGAAGACCAAGAACUUGAACCAGGUUUGAGCUCCACACUUUCGUCUCACGAUCAGCGCGGCCGCGAGAACCAAAAGGAGGCGAUGAUUCAGGAGUUUCUGCGUCCAGAGUUCCGCUACAAACUUCGAGAUGCGCUGGACGGCUCCGAGGGUGACAUGGUGAAGCAAGCGCAUGCGCGCCGCGACGUUUGCAUGGCGGUUGAGAUCCCGUUGUUGGCGAAGUUUGGCUAUGAAGCCACCGAAGAAGCUGUCCACCAGCACAGCCUGGCAUUAGGAAAGCUGUUGCACGACUGCCCUGACUUGGUGGAGAAAAAUCAAACGCUGACACGUUUGGUGAAUCCCACCAUGGAUGUGUACGAAGACGAUCACAUUGCAGCCGACUGA